GACAUUGAAAGUUUUUUGGGUGUUGUUGUUGUUGCCCUUAUUCUCGGUGUGGUUCCUAACUCUUGUGCUGUUGUUGCACUUAUUUCCGAUGUAGUUCUUAACUCCUGUGUUGUUGUUGCCCUUAUUUCCGAUGUAGUUCUUAACUCCUGUGUUGUUGUUGCCCUUAUUUCCGAUGUAGUUCUUAACUCUCUUGUCGUUGUUGAAGUAGUGUUUAACUUUCUUGGAGUUGUUGGCGAUGCAGCUGUUGACGUUGGUACUGAUGAUAGCCAUUUGCCAAUAUUCUCUUUUAUGACGUUUCGAGCAUUAACUAGAUCUGGUAAAUCUUGGUCUCUUGGCGGAUACAUUUCUGCGCAAUGGGCAGUACCUUAA